AUGAGGAUUUAUCCUCAGACAAGCUGUCCCCUGUGGCAGUUUCUUAAUGGUCUCAACCCCCAUACGAUCAAACGUUGCUCAAGGCUUCCCAGCAACUUCCCCGUCACAGAGGAAAUGGUGGAAACUUUUCUGGCCAAUGGAAGCUCUCUGGCUGCUGAGAUGACGAAAGGGAAUAUAUUCAUUAGUGACUACAAGAUCAUGGAAGGUCUGCCUACAAGAGUUAUUGAUGGUAAACCGCUUCCUCUGACUGCUUCUCUCUGCCUGCUCUACCUAAAUCCAGAGAACAAACUGCUGCCCAUCGCAAUUCAGCAUCCCUCAAAGGAGAACCUGAUUUUUCUGCCUAGCGAUUUGGAGUCUGACUGGCUGCUGGCCAAGCUAUUUGUGAGACAUGCAGAUGUCUUCUAUGGAGAAGUGGUCAGUCAUUUGCAGAAAACUUAUCUACUGGCAGAAGUUUUUACAAUGGCGACACUACACAACCUCCCAAAGACUCACCCCCUGUACAAGCUGCUGAUCCCCCAUCAUCGAGAGACCAUCUCUAUAAACAUCAUUGCUCGUGCUCAACUCCAUGGCCCUAUUGGAAUUUUUGGAAAUACUUCACUUGGACUGGAUGGAAUAGCGGAGCUAAUGAGAAGGAGUCUCUCCCAAACAACCUACAGUUCCCUCUGCCUGCCUGAAAACAUUGCAGCUAGAGGACUGGAGUCCAUCCCCAACUUUUAUUACAGGGAUGAUGCCCUGAGGCUGUGGCGCAUCAUCAACAGCUUUGUCACGGCAGUGGUGGCAUAUUAUUAUCCGUGUGACAGUGAAGUUUCUGCAGAUUCUGAGCUCCAGGAAUGGGUCAAUGAGAUCUAUGGAUUUCUGGGAAAUAAUGACUCGGGCAUCCCUUCAAGCUUUCAAACUGUGGAGGAACUUACCAAGUUCGUCACUAUGGUGAUCUUCACAUCAUCAGUUCACCAUGCUGCGGUGGGCAGUUUGAUUUUCUAGGUUGGAUUCUGAAUGGUCCACUGUUGCUGUACCAAGGUCCACCAACAACAAAGGGACAGUCAAGCAUGGAGGCCAUCUUUGCAACUCUGCCAAAUAAAUCAACGUCAGGACUUGUGCGUUCAGUAAUGUGGCAGCUCAGCAGGAAGUAUGAUGACUUUGUAAGUUUGAGAUGCAGUCUUCCCCGUUUUUAUCUCUGAAUAAAAUUGCCAGAGUUGUGACUGGCAAUUGUCCAUUCCAUGACAGGUGUUAACCUAUCUUUUUGGGGUUUUUUUACACCAUAUCAAAAAACUUUCCCAUUAUGUCUCUUUCUGGGGGGUGACAUGACUGACUACUCUGAUAGCUCAACCAGUAUUAGAUGGAUGAUUGCCAUGCAAGUUUGUACAGACCUUUACAGGCCUGAUACCCUUCCUGACUUUGAUUCCCCAACUUUUCCUCUAGUCAAAUUUUAUUUGUCCAAUGCUUAAUGACCAAAUGCCUACAAAACCAGUUACAUUCUUAUCUGCUUCAGCUGUACUUUGUUAGGUUAAAUGUUAGUAUGCUAAGAUGGUGAACAUGAUAAAAUGCAGACAAAAGUAUUUCCUUUGAGAUGUUAACCUGAUGAGGUCAGCAAUUAGUUCAAACCAUUGCUCUGGAGUACAUUCUGAGAGCUGCUAACAUGCCUGCCGAUUCUUAGUCUUGUUUAAUAUCACAAGUUUGUGGAAGUGCAAUACCAAAAAAGUGAUGUUCCCCUUUUAGUUAUUUCCCCAAACAGAGGCUCAAGAGGAGGGAAAGUUAAGCAGGGAUUUUAUAUUAGUAAAGAUUAUCUACAGGAGAAAACAUUUUAAAGCAAUAGCUACAGAAUGCCUGAAAGCCUUACUGCAUUUUUUUAUAUAUAUAUUCUGAAUUGUCACCUACCACCUGAAUGCUUCCCUUUAUAGAUUUAAAAAAAUAAAACAAAUUGGUGCAGAAAUUUUCACCAGAAUGCAGGAAAUUAAGUCUUUAAUACUAAAAAUUUCCUGGGUGAGGACCCCCAGACCCUCUUCAUUUGUCUCCUCCGCUGUUAAAACUAAACGAGUGCUCUUGCAUUUCAGGAAAAUUAUCCAUAAAUUUACUUCAAUGCAAGAAAAUAGUGUCUGGCUUGACAUAAAGUUUAUGGGGGGACAUAUUCCCAAAUCAGGUUUGGUCUCCCAAUUUAGGCUAUGACGUGGAGGUUGACAAGGUUAUGUGGAGGCUGAUCACACUUCAUUAUGGACCAUCAUUAUUAACUUGGCUGUUCAUCUAUGCUAAAAUUUUGAGUUUGGCUUGGCUGUGGUGGACUUUUUAGGAUUGGGCAUAGGGGGGCAAUUUCACUUCAAUCUCUCUUAGGGCUCCAACACUGUCAAGGCCGGCCCUGACCGUGCUGCACAGCGUGCGGAUGAAUAUUAACAUUAGUUGCGCAUUGAUUUUAUUGAUCGUGUGAAAGUUUAGUAGCAGCAGUCAAUCAACAACUGCCUCUCUCUGCCUAACUGGGAGAACCACACGUUUCCGUUGUGUGCACACCACAGACCUGGAGCUGCACUACCGCUUUCCGAGUCCCGCCUUCGUUCCGUCAGCAUUACGUUAUCAAUUAACCUCUAGAUAAUCGAUUAUUGAUAUUUGUGAAUCAGUUCAGAAUCGUCCAAGUCCGCAUCACAAUGCAUCUAAAAAUCAAUUCCUUCCACACCCCUAAUGUUUGGCAAACUGUAUAAUAGGAAGUUCUUAUUUAGUAUACUGCUUUCUAAUUGGAAUCUGUGAUAUUAUGCCGAGUAGUAUCUGAAGUCCAUAGUUGUGACACAUCAACAGUUUGUGUAGUCUUUGUUAAACUUCUUUGAUCUGUCAAUAAAGAGGCGGCCUCUUUAUUUGUGAAUGUCAGUGAGGGCUGAGACGAUGAGGAAAGACCUCAAUCACCCAGCAAUAGACUUCUCUCUGCUACAGUCAUGGAAGUGCUACUGCUGCCUCAAGGCAAAAACAGAGGAUGAAGGGUUUCUUCCCUCAGGCCACCUGGGUCUUGAAUCUGAGAAUGUCACUUUUAUAUUUAUAAUCCACCUACCUGCUACACACUGCAUAUGAUGUACUGUUUGUAUUAAUUAAUUUUUCUGAAAAGCAUCAAUGGUCAAACCUUUUCAUUCUUUCACCACUUCAUGUAUCUGAAACGUAGCAAUAUAUUGUUUUGUUUCUUUUGUAAGUCAGAGUGACAGACAUGAUGAACUACUAACCCUUCCGCAGAAGUCAGAACUCUUCAGUAAAGCUUUACAGGACAUUUCUUUGGCUGAGCAAACAUGUUGAGUGAUUUAUGCGCUCUACCAGCUCAAGUUGCCUGUUUGAAAUAGUGGUAAACUCAGACUGAAUCCAUCCACUGUUCCAAAGAAUUCUGCUUUUAGGUUCAGAUGUUUCAACUUGAUACUUUUUCCCACAGGGUGUUAGCAUGCUAACAUUUGUUAGCACUAAAGACAAAGUACAGCGGAGGCUGAUGGGAAUGUGGCUUAGAGAAUAAGCUGCUGAUCAUGAACCUCAAUGUCCCUGGUUCUAAUAUCACUGCGCACCUGUUGCCCAUCUCUCCCUCAUUUCUCUCUGCUAAUGCUAUAUAAUAAAGGCAUAAAACAAGUCAAAGACUAA